CGCCCGAGAUUAUUGAAAACAAACUGUAGGCAUACGCAACGCUCUCCCUCCUUUUCUCUCUCUCUCUCUCUCAUCUUCUUUUAUUGAUCCAAUCCAAAUUAUCAGCGCAAAUAUUUAUCCAUUUCCGUAAUUAGAGUUGAAUUUCGGUCGAUCACAGAUCAAUCCAUCAGGGGAGAGAAGAAAAAUAAGUUCGUAAUAAUAAAGUUUGAUCCACGAUCUGGAGAGGGGGGAUGAGUUGGAGAAGGGGAUCGUUGAUUGGUUGAGUUUGUGGGUUGUUUAGAUUUGCUCCCUUUGUACAUACUGUAGAGAUUUUCUUUUUCUGCUUAAUGUUGUAUGCUGUGGAGAGUUUUUAGGUAUUUGCGUCUAGUAUUCUUUUAAUUACAUUGGAAAAUGCGAUUCUUGAAUUCAGUAUUAAGUACAGAAGCAACUAAAGAGAAAAAAUAAUAGCUAUAUACUACUGGAAAUUUGGAACUGCUAAAGUUCGUUGCAAUUUUUGAGGGGUGUGAGGAGAAGUUGAAUUAAUACUUAGGGGUCUACAGAGGAAUUGUUUUCGGAAAAUCCAGUCAUAUAUUUGUAGGAGCAUUUCCUAUUCAUUUGGAUUGACAUUGGAAAUGAAACAACAAAUUGGAAUUUGAGGUUGAAGAAGCUGUUGUGAUGCAGCCAAUUAGGUCCACUAAUCUUGCUGAAGCUAUGACUGGUGAGGCACCUGGCCUCAGUAGUCAGUGGGUUCAGCAAGAUUCAUUGGACAUUAUACAUGGGAGUGGUUUGCCUCUGUGGAAAAAUGUCAACAACAAUGUAUCUGUUCAGACGGGAGAGGAGUUCUCCAUGAAAUUUCUUCAGGAGUGUGCGGCUGCUAGAGUUCAGUCUGCAGUGCGUGGUGUUGCUCCCAACUAUGAAGAGAGGGUUGGAGUUGUCCAGGAUCGCCAAAUGGUUUAUGAGGAGCUUGCACGAGUUCUUGGUUUGAGAAGAAUGGAUUCAGAAUGUGGAUCUGACAUCACGGAAUUUGCUUCCGCCACAGGAUCUAGUACGCAUAUUGAUAAUGGCGUUUAUCUGAGUAACGGAAGCACGCAUUACAGGGAUAUUGGUUUAAAUGGACACAAACCUAGUAAGUCUUCAAUAGAAGUUAGCAAUGACCAUGCCAAUUUAGCGCCCACUUUUCCAUUGUUAAGUGAAUCUGAUUCCUCAAGAUCUUUAUAUUCCUCCGCCUUAGGAGUUUCUGAUGGUUCUCAACCUGGGAAAAUAAAGCUUCUUUGCAGUUUCGGCGGUAAAAUAUUGCCACGGCCAAGUGAUGGAAAACUCAGGUAUGUGGGGGGACAGACACGCAUCAUUUCGAUCUUUAAGAAUCUUUCAUGGGAGGAAUUGGUGAAGAAAACAGCUGGAAUGUGCAACCAGCCUCACACAAUUAAGUAUCAGCUGCCAGGGGAGGAUCUUGAUGCCCUUAUAUCUGUAUCUUCUGAUGAGGAUCUGCAGAAUAUGAUUGAUGAAUAUAAUGGAGCUGAGAAGCCUGAAGCUUCUCAACGUCUUCGUAUUUUUUUGAUUCCUCUCAGUGAAUCAGAAACCUCAUACACUCUUGAUGUCAGCAUUGUUCAGCAGAGCCACAUUGAUUAUCAAUAUGUUGUGGCUGUAAACGGCAUUGCUGGUACUGAGCCGAGCCCCCAGAAGAACUACAAUGCACAACCUUCUGACAGUGAAAUUGUCCAUUUGAUGCCAAAUGAAGAAUGCAAUCCUAAGUAUGAAAAAAUCUUUCCUUUCCCCGUGCAUCCUUCAGAAAAUAAAAAUGCCCCUGGUGUUCCUGAUCUGACUGAGUUUUUUAAUGAGUCCGAGAAGUUGAGUAGCUCUCCGUCAUUGACUCAUGUUCCUGCUCAGCAAGUAGAUUUGAGAAAUGCCAACACAACAAUGUACAAAAGCAAUUCUUCACUUGUUAGUACCGAAGAUCCACUCCUAUUCAGCAGAAUCAGCACUUCUACACCUCUUCCAGCCGAAGAUUCCAUCUGCUGCGCUGCUUCUCAUCAUCAGACCCCUCAGUUGGCCGUGAAUUUGAUGAACUCAUGUGAUCCAAUUAGUAAAAAUGACGUGAUCCAUCCGAAUAUAACGAGUCAAUUGAUUUUAAAAGGAGAAAAUUUGGUUCCUCAAAGGCUGGAGCAGAAGAGUAGCAAGUUUGAGCUAUGCUCUGAGGGUGGGGUUGUACUUACUGAAAGGGCAUUUAAUUCAGACAAACCUCUCCCUCAAACUGAUAAUUCGACAGAUAUAUUGCCCAGACCUGGUGAUUCAGUUAGUUGUUACCCUGCAAUUCCUCAUGCCUUUUCUGACUCAAAGCUUCAGGAACAGGGACAGAUAUCUGCUUACUCUUCUCAGGAUGGUAUGAGUCAAUCAUUCUCAUUUAACUCGGGGAGACCUCAAUCAUCUUCUUGCAGGGUAUCUGCUGCUUUGCUAGAGAAGCCGGUGCAACUGAAAGAGGAUGUAGGCUUGAUCACUACUCAGCUUCAAACCACGACACUCAUUUUGGAGCCAAUUAUUCCUGUUACAGGGGUGGCAUUGCUGAACUCUGCUUCAGGAUCAGAGGGAUUCAGCAAAAUUGAACCUAUCUGCAAGGAUAUCAACUGUAAUGUUGGGAAAGGCCAAAUGGUAAAAGAAGAUUUAAGAUACCAGAACUCAAAGAUGAAACCUCAUGAGAAUGAAUUUGUUGCAAAUUUCGAAUUAAUGAACAAAUGCGAUGCCAACAGUAGUCCUUUAAGCGGCGGUAACUUUUUUUGUAUUAGUGAGGCAGCUGUGGUUCCUGUGUCUGGUACUUGUCUUCCCUCACCAGAACAAGACUCUCAAGUUUUGCUCAGUUUGGCCCCUGCAUCAUCUUCUGUUGGCUUGACACCACUAAAUGACUUGGAGUUGGAGCAAACCCAAAAGAAUUAUUUUGGGAAAAUCUCAACUGUGGUUGCAAAUGGUGACCUAGAAAGCUAUUCAUCUUGCCCCAACAACUCAGAAGUGGCAGGGCUUAUUCAUAGUUCUCAAGAUUGGUCUCAUGAUAAUGUCAAUUAUUCUGGCCUCCUUGAUGGGCUAUCUAAUGGCCUUGUUUCACCUGAGGGCAUUCCGGGUCAAUCUCUUGAGGGUUCAAGAGAUAUGGGCUGUCAAGAACUCAGGGUAAGAGGAUGUGAAGAUUUGGAUAGACCUAAAGUUGUUGAUAAUGCUGGCUGGAGCAAGAUCCCACAUAAUUCUGCUAUACUCGGGAGAGAAGUUUCCCUCCUUGAUGAUGACUUAGCCAAUCAUACUGAUUAUAGGGUUGAGAAGUCAGACUAUGUUGGAAUUUCUAUUGAGCAUCAAAAGUUACAAGAUGGUCUACUAAUUAAUAACAUCGAUGAAUGUGAACAGAAGCCUGGUCUUGUUAUUCAAGAUGGAAAGUAUAAUUUAUCACGCGCUCAGUUUCCAUCAACUACUGUCCCAAAUGUAUCAGAUGCUGCUAAUGUGGAAAUGUUAUCUCCCCAGACAACAGGAGCAGAGAGCGAUUUACAGAAUUUGACUUCUGAGGAUGGCAAUGCUGACGGUCAUGAAGAUGAAUUGUUCAGUGAUGCAAUGAUAGCUGAAAUGGAAGCUGAUAUAUAUGGUCUGCAGAUAAUAAAAAAUGCUGAUCUUGAAGAAUUACGAGAGUUGGGAUCUGGUACAUAUGGAACAGUAUACUAUGGGAAAUGGAGAGGAACGGAUGUUGCCAUCAAAAGACUAAAGAAAGCGUGUUUUUCUGGGAGAUCGUCUGAGCAAGAACGGUUGACAAAAGACUUCUGGAGAGAGGCUCGUAUUCUGUCAAAUCUGCACCAUCCAAAUGUUGUUGCAUUCUACGGGGUGGUGCCUGAUGGUGCUGGGGGCACAUUGGCGACUGUAACAGAGUUCAUGGCAAAUGGUUCACUUAGGACUGCUCUAAUUAAAAAGGACAAAUUUCUUGAUCAUCGUAAGAAGUUGAUAAUCGCCAUGGAUGCAGCAUUUGGCAUGGAGUACUUGCAUUCAAAAAAUAUUGUCCAUUUUGAUCUGAAAUGUGACAAUUUGUUAGUUAAUCUGAGAGAUCCACAGAGACCUAUAUGCAAGGUUGGAGAUUUUGGACUAUCAAGAAUUAAACGCAACACUCUUGUUUCUGGUGGUGUUCGAGGGACCCUUCCAUGGAUGGCACCAGAACUGUUGAAUGGAAGUACUACCAGGGUAUCUGAAAAGGUUGAUGUGUUCUCAUUUGGCAUAACAUUGUGGGAGAUUCUGACUGGGGAAGAACCUUAUGCAAAUAUGCAUUGCGGGGCAAUCAUUGGGGGAAUUGUCAAGAAUACUCUUCGUCCUCCAAUUCCAGAACAGUGUGAUCCUGAGUGGAGGAAACUUAUGGAACAAUGUUGGUCAGCGGAACCUGAAGGCAGGCCGUCAUUUACUGAGAUAACCUACAGGUUAAGAUCUAUGUCUGCCGCACUUCAGACUAAGGGGCAGCCAAAUGUGGUCAGACAGUUAAAGCCCAACAUUUCUAUGUAAGUCAACAGGGUUGGAAAUUGCAUAUUUUCUUCAGAGGCAAAUAUAAUCUUGAACAGCUCCCUGGGGUGGAGGUUUUGUUAAAUUGUAUCUUCGUCCUAUCUGUCUGUCCACAACUUAUGUCCUCCUUUCGAUUUUGGUCUGUUGAUGUCACUUGUGUUGAUCUAUUCAUUCAAUUGUUCUUUGUGACUGAACCCCAGGCAUGAAGAGGGCAUUUCCCUUCCCUCACCCCCCCCCCCCAAACAAAGAAAUAUAUGUGUAUAUAUAUAUAUUUGUUUGGAAUUAUCGGCUUUGAAAAUGCGAAUUAGUGUGUGAUCAGUACCUCCCCUUGGUACAAAAGGACAAGUUUUGGUGUGUAGUCUUGUUCGGAUGGUCAAGGUUGAGGUACAAAUACUCUGUAAUUAUGACUUUUGAGAUUUAAAUCUUACAAGAAGUUUUGGUAUUUAUUUAA